CCGCUAACGGCGCCUAUCAAAUCCGGCCCUACUUACUAUAAGAUUAUAAUGUCCAGAGUAUACUUUUUAAUAAUCUUUGGACAAUCCUCAAUUCUAAAGCGCAUCUCUGCAUUUAUGACCAUUCGCAGUAAACACCCAUCUGGUUGUUUUCCUAACCUAACACUGUUCCACCUUCCAAACAUUCUGCUGUCCUACGUCAACCUCAAAAGCCAUAAUGGAUAUGCCUUUGGGCGCUUCUGUCACGAGUUAUGAAGCUCUUCAGGCAAAGUCGCGAAGGCGAAAACUUUCCCUGUCCCUUCAAGGUUCUGCUAAAGCAAGUGAACAUCUUCCCUCAAUCAAUUGCAAAAGGCAUCAACUACAGAAAUAUGUAUUCUUGUCGCUCUUUCUCCUUGCAAAUUUUGCGAUCAUUAUCAUGUCGACGAGAAUCUCCAAAUACUAUUGGGUGAUAGUACCCAUUAUUAUGUUCCGGCCUUUUGUGGAUGUCUUGGAGAUCACCUUCCUCAUCUUUUUCUAUCUCACCCGACGUGCGUAUCCCGUUGAACCAAAAGUCCCAGACACCCCGGAGAAUCUUGCAUAUCUUCUUGCCUGUUACAACGAAACAGGCGCGGAGCUAGAAGUGUCAUUAAACUCUUUGGUUGAGCAGCGGAAACUCGAGACACACAGUAAAGCUAUCGUCAUUGUCUGUGAUGGCCGGUGCAACGGGAGAGGUAUGAAAAAGACAACAGCUGAACAGCUUUCGGAAGACAUUAUCGAAACUCCUACAAGCACUAUUAUUCAGGAUGCCUAUACUGCCUGGGAUGGUAGGCCGAUGGAUGUAGAGCUGCUAUGCGGCAUGUUCAAAGGACUCAAGGUCUUGUGCAUCGUCAAGAAAGAGAAUCGCGGGAAAAGGGACAGUCUUAUCCUUGUUCGCUCUUUCCUCCUCAAGUUCAAUCAGCGCGAUUCAAAUUUGUCACGGGGAAUUUUCUCUUCGCAGCUUUUUGAGCACAUGAGCAACUUUUUCCUGAACGCAUCCAUAAAUUCAGUGGAAUACGUUGUCGGCAUGGAUGCAGACACCAGAUUCGACCAGGACUGCGUCUUCAAUCUUGUGCAGACUGUACGAGAAGGAGAACAAAUCAUCGGAGUAUGUGGCCAGAUCGCGGCAGACCCCACGACCUCGUCUCCGUUCUCGAUUCCCUACCUUUACCAAAACGUGGAGUACAAAGUGGGACAGCAUCGCCGGCGGCUUCGGCAAAAUCUUAUGACCAGAAAAGUCACCUGCCUCCCAGGUUGCUGUCAACUUCUCCGUGUCAUCGAUGAGACAUGUGGUGACAGGAUCCUUGGACAAUUUGGAUAUCAUCCAAAAGAGGAAGACGGUCUUUUUCGAACAAUUCAAUCAAUGAUGAGCGAGGAUAGAGAUCACGUUUGUUUGAUUCUUCGAGAAUAUCCAGACGUACAAACACGGCAGUGUCUGGCUGCAAGAGCGUACACAUCCGUGCCUCACUCUCUCUCUGUGUUCCUCAGUCAGCGGCGUCGAUGGACGCUGGGCCCAAUGGUCAGCGAUACUCUCCUCGCGACACGAAAGUCAACCGGGGUUACGGAGAGACUCGCGGCUGUGUCAUCCAUAUUGAAUUGGACGAUUACCAUAGCUAUGUUUUUCUCGCCGCUUGUCAGAGAACGUCUUGACCAUCGAACUAGAUACAUGGCAUUCUUCCUUGCCACUUUCCGUAACAUAUGGGACUAUUCGGUCGUCUUAUCUUCCUCGAGGACACGACUAGAGUUUGCUCAAAACCUUAUGGGAUCUUUUCUCACAUACAACGUCAGUCGUUUCGUUGGUGCUGUAGUACAUGUGUAUACGUUGUACUACCUAGACGACUUCAGAUGGGGUUUGAUGCGCGCGAAGAUUGUGGCUAAGGUUCGCAGACAGUCAAUUGUUCGUACUUAGCUAGCGCAAAUGUCUGUUUGUGGAGGAGCAUGGUGCUCAUAGCUAAUUAUCGUUGUGGUAGCAAAAGACUGUCUUUAUCAUUGUCCGCCACGCCGGUGAAAUAUGGCCUUGAGCGGGGUCGCAAAGGUACCUACCCGGAAGACAAAAUCACCAUCGCAGAUCGGGCUGAAACCAAACCUUAAUAGCAAAUCGGCGGUGUUGACAGCAACUCACUUUUCUGACCUGAAGAGCAGAAAAGUCCAGAUUACUUCGAGGAAUGAAUCCACUGUGCA